AUGGCAAACAGCUAUGUUCGGUCGAAGGCUUGGACUCUCAAAGAAGAGGAUGGAGGGUGUGUGGCCAUUCUUACAAAUUAUGACGUACAAAACGUCACCGUACAAUUUCAAAAUACAUCACAUGAAUUGCUUCCAAAGUCGAUCAGUAUUCUAGCAGACUGUAAAAAUGUAAUUUUCAACACGGCAAAGGUGAAUACAGAGCAUAAUAGCAGAAUUGUAGAAGCUACCCAAAUAUUUGAUUCAAGUGAUAGCUGGGAAGAAUUCAAAGAUGUUAUCCCCAAUAUGGAAGAUGCUUUACUGAAAUCCGAAACAUUCCUUGAGCACAUGAAUACAACAAAAGAUAAAUCUGAUUAUCUUUGGUAUAGUCUCAGGUUUGAGAACAAUUUGUCUUGCACCAAGCCAGUGCUUCAUGUUGAAUCUGCUGGGCAUGUUGCACAUGCUUUUUUGAACAAUAUCUAUACAGGAGCUGCACAUGGAAGUCAUGACGCCAAGGGCUUCACAAUGGAUAUUCCAAUCAUGUUGAAUGAUGGGAUGAACAAUAUUUCUAUACUCAGCGCUAUGGUUGGGCUACCGGAUUCAGGACCUUUUCUCGAAAGCAAAUUUGCUGGCUUAAGAAAAGUGGAAAUUCAAUGCACUGAAAAGGAAUCCUACAAUUUGACAAACUAUACAUGGGGAUAUCAGGUUGGACUAGUCGGAGAGAAGCUACAGAUAUUUAGAGAAGAAAAUUUGGGUGCUGUUGUGUGGAGUAAAAUUGGGACAUCAAUGAAUCAUACACUUACUUGGUACAAGAUAUUUUUCGAUGCACCCACGGGAGAUGACCCCGUCACCUUAAACCUGAGCACAAUGGGUAAAGGUGAAGCUUGGGUUAAUGGACAAAGCAUUGGUCGUUAUUGGGUCUCCUUCCCUGACUCUAAAGGCAAUCCAUCACAAACACUGUACCAUGUGCCCCGAUCUUUCCUUAAAGCUUCUGAAAACCUUUUAGUUUUGCUUGAAGAAGCUGGUGGAAGCCCUCUCCAGAUUUCCUUGAACACUGUGUCAGUCACCAGCGUACGUGAGGAUAUAGCUUACUAUCACCUCCCUCGAUGAUUUCAUAGAGAAGAGACAUAUUAUGAGGGAUGGAAUAGCUUAUUACAAAGUGAUAAUAUUAUUGGCUCCAGAAGAGUUUAUCAACAUUGUAAUGUAAUAAUAACAUGAAAAUUAGUA